AGACCCCCGGCCCUUCGGCAAGAAGCCGAGGCGCCUGCUAGGGGCCGCGCGCUGUGGACCGAGCAGGCAUCAUCUCUGGGAGCACUUCUGCAGACCGAAGCCUUCGGUGUGAGCCAUCUAGCUCUCCCCGCGACCGCCCGGACCUCCCAACCGUCUCCGCUGCCCUAGCCGCCGUGCCGUGGGGCCGGGAGCGGCUGGGAUCCUCGCCAGACGUCCGGAGCGCGAGGCUCGCACGGCCCCCGGCUGCCCCGCGCCUCGCCGGAGCCCGAGGGGGCGCGGGUCCGGGGCGAGGGCCGACCGGGCGUGUUUGAUGGCUUCACUGAGAAGAGUCAAAGUGCUGUUGGUGUUGAACUUGAUCGCGGUGGCCGGCUUCGUGCUCUUCCUGGCCAAGUGUCGGCCCAUCUCUGUGCGCAGCGGAGACGCCUUCCACGAGAUUCGGCCGCGCGCCGAGGCGGCCAACCUCAGCGCGCAGAGCGCCAGCCCCAUACAGGAUGCGGUCCUGAAGCGCCUCUCGCUGCUCGAGGACAUUGUUUACCGGCAACUGAAUGGUUUAUCUAAAUCCCUUGGGCUCAUUGAAGGUUAUGGUGGGCGGGGCAAAGGGGGCCUUCCUGCUACCCUUUCCCCGGCUGAAGAAGAGAAAGCCAAGGGACCCCAUGAGAAGUAUGGCUACAAUUCCUACCUCAGUGAAAAAAUUUCACUGGAUCGUUCCAUUCCGGAUUAUCGUCCCACCAAGUGUAAGGAGCUGAAGUUCUCCGAGGAGCUGCCCCAGAUAUCCAUCAUAUUUAUCUUCGUGAACGAGGCCCUGUCGGUGAUCCUGCGGUCAGUCCACAGCGCGGUCAACCACACACCGACCCACCUGCUGAAGGAAAUCAUCCUGGUGGAUGACAACAGUGAUGAAGAGGAGCUGAAGGCCCCUUUGGAGGAGUAUGUCCACAAACGCUACCCCGGGCUGGUGAAGGUGGUGAGAAAUCGAAAAAGAGAGGGCCUGAUCCGAGCUCGCAUCGAGGGUUGGAAGGUGGCCACCGGCCAGGUCACCGGCUUCUUUGAUGCCCACGUGGAGUUCACCGCUGGCUGGGCCGAGCCAGUUCUCUCGCGGAUACAGGAGAACCGGAAGCGGGUGAUCCUCCCGUCCAUCGACAACAUCAAACAGGACACCUUCGAGGUGCAGCGGUAUGAGAACUCGGCCCACGGGUACAGCUGGGAGCUGUGGUGCAUGUACAUCAGCCCCCCGAAAGACUGGUGGGACGCCGGAGACCCUUCCCUUCCCAUCAGAACGCCAGCCAUGAUUGGCUGCUCGUUUGUGGUCAACAGGAAGUUCUUUGGUGAAAUUGGUCUUCUGGACCCUGGGAUGGAUGUGUAUGGAGGAGAAAAUAUCGAACUUGGAAUCAAGGUGUGGCUGUGCGGGGGCAGCAUGGAGGUCCUGCCUUGCUCACGGGUGGCCCACAUCGAGCGGAAGAAGAAGCCGUACAACAGCAACAUCGGUUUCUACACCAAGAGGAACGCUCUCCGGGUUGCCGAGGUCUGGAUGGACGAUUACAAGUCUCAUGUGUACAUAGCGUGGAAUCUGCCACUGGAGAAUCCAGGAAUUGACAUAGGCGAUGUCUCCGAAAGAAAAGCCUUAAGGAAGAGUUUAAAGUGUAAGAAUUUCCAGUGGUACCUGGACCACGUCUACCCAGAAAUGAGAAGAUACAAUAACACCAUUGCCUACGGGGAGCUUCGCAACAGCAAGGCAAAAGACGUCUGCUUGGACCAGGGGCCGCUGGAGAACCACACAGCAAUACUGUACCCGUGCCAUGGCUGGGGACCCCAGCUGGCCCGCUACACCAAGGAGGGCUUCCUGCACCUGGGAGCCCUGGGGACCACCACGCUCCUCCCUGACACCCGCUGCCUGGUGGACAACUCCAAGAGUCGUCUGCCCCAGCUCCUGGACUGCGACAAGGUCAAGAGCAGCCUGUACAAGCGCUGGAACUUCAUCCAGAAUGGCGCCGUCAUGAACAAGGGCACAGGGCGCUGCCUGGAGGUGGAGAACCGAGGCCUGGCUGGCAUCGACCUCAUCCUCCGCAGCUGCACGGGACAGAGGUGGACGAUUAAGAACUUCAUCAAGUAGUGGAAGGAGCUGGGGCCCUCGGAACCUGGCCCUCGGGACAGGGUCUGCGUCCUCUGGACCAGCCACGCUGGGAGAGAAACAGCAAGGAGUCGGCAGGUGCUCAGUGGGCCUCCCGGGGCUUCUCCAGGGCAGCCUGGGGCCCAGAUGGAGGCACUGCCUCUCCAUCAGGCGUCCAGCUGCCUGAGGCUCGUGCACCCUGGCAGAGCUCCCUGACCCUUCGCUGGGAGCACAGGAGCCGUGUAUUCCGCAGCCCGGAUACGGACCUGGUACUGAGGAGUGACACACCGCAUCUCUUCCUGUGCUUCUUCCCAUCCACUUGCAGGACUGGGACAGGCGGGGGCCCCUCCUUUUUCUCAUCUCUCGUAGCAGCAGCAGCAGCUUCUGAAUUCCACCUGAGCCCUCAGUGAAGUGUGGGGGAGUGCUGGGCCACAGCCUCGCUCCCCCUCCUCUAAGGAGGCAGCGAGGCCCUGAGACCCAGUGUCCCCCGGGUUGCUUCUGCCCAGACACCUGUUCACAGCCCAAGAUGGCCAGCCCCCAAACCUUUCCAGCAGGUGGCCUUGGACUUUUCUGGACUCCACCCCCGAGAUGACCUGGAAGGAGCUGAUGCUUCCACGGUCACCUGGGCACUAGGAUCCUAUGUGCCUGGACCAGCUCUUCCAUGUAUGUCGUCAGCAGGGAGGCAGAGAGCACGUGCGGUGGUCUCAGCUGUGAGGGCCCCCAGGCUGGAGCCGGGCCUAUUCUGCUCUGCCUGCCCAGGCGCCGGGGAGCCCGGACUCACAGUGGCUACCGCAGCGGGGACAGCAGUCAGCGCCCAUCUGGAGCUUAAGGACUGACGUCAGCACAGCAUAGGGGGCCAGGACCCUGGAGGAUGCUCUCGUGUCUCCCUGUGCUCGGCCACCUGACAGGGAAGAAGGCAGUCGAGUCCCCUCUGAAGAGUAAUAACUUCUUUCUGAUUGCCCUCUGGUUAGGGUGCACUUAUAAAUCAGAGUUAAUAUAUGGACGAGUGUGCAUGCGUAUGAGGGUGUGUGCCUGGUGGGGCGAGUGUGCUGCUGCCUGUGCGUGCGUGCAUGGCGCGUGUGUCUGGGCGUGUGCGUCUGAGUGCACGGUAGGGCAGACGUAGAGGUGUGGCCUUGGACUUGUUGCAUUACUGCCAGCCCAGAUCAGAUCAAGGAUGCUGAGAAGCUUGUGGGGGUGGGUUGGCCAGCAGGAUGUGACAGGGCUGGCACCCCAGAUGGCAGGCUGCCCUUCUGCCAGUUCCCAUCUGUCUCCCUCAUGCUGUCCGGCCAAGCCCUGCCCAGAACCAAACCCCACACCUGCCCAGUUUGGGGUUCACAGUGUCUCAUGUGGUGGCAUCUUACUGGUGAUCCUUUCCCCCUUUGUGAAAUAAAUACAUGUGAGCACUUCCCAGCUCAGCCUUUUUGGCUUUUCGAUUCUUCCAGAGCCUGGGCCAGGAAGCACUUCCUGGGACGUGGCAAGGGCUUCUGGUUUAUUAAAGACCAAGAGCGUUCAUUCGUGGGGUGGGGACACGGCCAGCCUGCCCUUGCUCUCGCCUCCCCCCAAAGCAGGACAGAACUUGACGUUGGACACCUGCUUGCUAACCCCCUGUUGACCCCAGAUUAGAAGGGUCAGGUGGGUGCAGAAAGCUGUGACGCAGAGAAGGGCCGUGGGUGACCUGGCCAAGCGUCCUGACCCGCCUCUUCGCGCUGCCGGCCGCCACUCCUAUCUCUCGAGACCAGAGAGCCCGUAGUGGAAGCAGCUGCCCCUUCUAUUCAUGGAGAAGCGAAAUCCAAAAAGACGGCAGACCUUCUGCCUGGAAAUGAGCCUGGAAGGAAAUGGGCUGAAGUCCCCUGGGCACUGACAGCCCCAAGUCUCUUCCCUCCCAGGAAGCCAAGAAGAUCCGGCUCGUUCGGCGUAACCCAACCCACAGACAUGCGUGUCAGCUGCCGUCUGGGGGGGCUCUUUGAGAAUCGGGGUCCAUGAGCACAGAUGGAAAAUUCUGCUGUUUGGUGAGGAGGGGUUCAUCAAACUGAAACAUCAGAUCCUCGGGGUAACUAUUAAGCCGAAAGAGCCAAGGGUCUGCCGGUCCCCCGCGGGGUCAAGGGGGCCUUGGGUAGCAUUCCAAGGCGGUGCUUUGAGGAGCGGUCCUGCCCAGACUGAGCCAUUCUCCUCCUGUGCGGUUCUGAAGGUAGAAGCUCGAAGAAGACAAAUACUCCAUUUUACCGUUAGCUGAGGCUUUGAGCCCAACUCCCCCUGGGGUACUCAGUGGGCCCCUGUGGGAUCCUUCAUCCUCUGGGAAAUGGGCCGAAAUGGCCUCGGACCAGAGAAGCCGCAAGACCUGCUCUGUGUCCCCGCGAUGGAGUUAGAGCCCCACCCUCUGACUUGUUCACUGCACUUUGGGCUCGUUUCUAUUCCUAAGGCUGCACCCCUAGCAGACGCACAGCAGGAAGAGCCCUGGAGUUUUCAAGAGAGAAGUGUUGCUUUUCUUCAGGGCCACAAGGCAGCAGGCAGGAUGUUUGGGUUUGCCUGCUUACGUGAUGGGGAUGAGGGUGCUGGUUUAGGGCCAUGGGGGCCUCUCAGCCUCCUGGCACAGCAUGUGUGCUGCAAAUCCUGGCUCUGGCCCUUGCUUCCAGCAUCCAGGAAGCCUGGGCUGUCUGUUCAUAUCAGCACUGGUUCCUCCCAAAGGCCAGAGCCUGAGGCCAGCAUCUGGGUCGGCAUCCUCAUUGCCCCACAGCAUCCCAGGCGACCUAAAGGCUUGGGGGUGGCAGGCCAGCGGCCAAAGCACAGAAGAAGAAUUAACUGUAGCCAGAGAGGGAGGAGAGAAAAGACGAGCAAGGCCCUGGGGAAGCCUAGGGUCUCAGAGCUUCAGGGGAAUUUGGAAGUUCCAGAGACCCAUCCCUCUGCAUAGCUCAGGCAGCAGGCUCCAGGCAUCGGGCUUGAGUUCUGACAACCUUUGUGCAUCUCCCUCCAUCCAUGCGGUCCCGUCACAUAGGCGCUUCCCACUCUCCUGUCUGGUGGCCGUUUCCUUCUCUUUCAUUUAUUCCCCCUCGAUUCAUAAGGCAAAAAAAAAAAAAAAAAAUCACAGAUGGUAUUCCCGAUCGAUGUCCAAGCCAUCCAAGCUGACGCCUUUGAAUGUUUUAUUUCUCGAAUGUGUUCUUUAUACUGAUUCUGGGGG